AUGUUAGCCCAGCAAACCAACCAGACCUCUACAAGUAAUCGAGGUCAUCGUGGGUCUGGUACACCUUCUCAAAAGAAGGACGAACGUCAGCAUUCAGGAAAACAGAAUAAUAUGCAGCAAGAUGCACCACGUUCUUCACGGGAAGGAAAUACACUACUCGUUGGUCCAAAUUUUCGAGUUGGCAAAAAGAUUGGUUGUGGAAAUUUUGGAGAGCUUCGUCUAGGUCGUAAUUUAUAUACCAAUGAAUAUGUUGCUAUUAAAUUGGAACCAAUGAAAACACGUGCUCCCCAGUUGCAUUUAGAAUAUCGAUUCUAUCGUUUAUUGCUCAGUGGUGGUGUAGUUGGCUUCCCUAUGGUUUAUUAUUUUGGACCAGUUGGUCGGCAUAAUGCACUUGUUAUGGAAUUGCUUGGUCCAUCAUUGGAAGAUUUAUUUGAAUCGUGUAAACGUCAAUUCUCCCUGAAAACAGUCCUCAUGAUUGCUAUCCAAUUGCUUCGACGUAUUGAAUAUGUACAUUCAAAGCAUUUAAUAUAUCGUGAUGUGAAACCAGAAAAUUUUCUUAUUGGACGUCAAUAUUAUAAUAGACAUCGUACUAUAUAUAUUAUUGAUUUUGGUUUAGCUAAAGAAUAUAUUGAUCCUGAAACACAGAAACACAUUCCUUAUCGUGAGCAUAAAAGUUUAACUGGUACUGCACGAUAUAUGAGUAUUAAUACACAUUUAGGCAAAGAACAAUCACGACGUGACGAUCUAGAGGCUUUAGGUCAUAUGUUUUUAUAUUUCUUACGUGGAAGUUUACCAUGGCAAGGUUUAAAAGCUGAAAAUCUACGUGAACGUUAUCAGAAAAUUGGUGAUACAAAACGUGCAACACCUAUCGAUGUUUUAUGUCAUGGUUAUCCAGAAAUGGCCACCUAUUUAAGAUAUGUCCGGAGUUUAGAUUUCUUUGAAGAACCCAAUUAUGAAUAUCUACGCUGGGGAUUUACAGAUCUAAUGCAACGAAAAGGUUGGGAAUGUGAUUGGGAAUUCGAUUGGUGUAGUCGACCAUUACCUGGUGCUAAGCCUCCAGGAUCUUCACACACUUCAGGCGGUGGACAAGUCACAAAUCCACCAUUGACAAAUCUCCCACCUGGUGGUGGUGCUGGUAAUACAAGUUGUAUGAAUAAUGGUGUACAAAAUGCUUCUGGUCUUACCUCACCAACUCAUCAGCAUACAGUGAAUGGUAAUCAACAACAAACUCCUGGUGCUAGUAAUGAUCAUGGCUUGACUGGUGGUGGUACACCCUUGUUAGGUCCUGGUGGUGGUGGUGGUGGUGUUGGAUCUCAUUGGCCGCCAGCACCACCACCAUCACAGCUUACUGGUGGUGGACAAUCAAACAACAUGCCUGGCGGCGGCGGCGUCGGUUAUCCAACAAAUGAAGAUAAUGGUGUUGGGGGUGGUGGUACCUCACCGAAUGAAUUACGCUAUAAAGUUGAUGAAUAUUUACCUCCAUAUUUUGGUCAGCCUGGUAAUCAAACUGUUAUGCACAGUGGUCUACUCGGUGCUAAUAAAGUCACUUCACCAAAUGAUGGUGUCGGUGUACUAGAGGAUAUUGGACCGGCUGGUGCUAUGCCUGCUUCAAAUUCUACUGGUCUACCGUAUGGCGCAAAUACCGGUGGUGGAAUGCACUUUCGUAAUGCAACUGGAUUGUAUAGUGGUCCAGAUGAAAGUAUGGCUAGAGAUAUGGAUAAUAUGGGCAUGGGAAUUGGUGGUGGGAUGACAACAGAGACAACAGCACCAGAGAAUGCUGCUACUGGCGGUGGUGAACAGGAUGACCUGCAGAGUCAAUCAGGUUGUUGUGGUUGUCUUGGUCGACGUUCAAAAGGUCGACGACUUCGAUCUCAGUUUAUAUGA